AGAAUUUCGACCCUUUACUUGAAAUGCUGUUCAGUUAUACCGCUGCCGCAUCGCUGCUCGUGAUGCUUGGUACACAACCAGGUGUCAUUUUAGCUCAAGAUGCUGAGGGGUGGUACAAGGAUCACCCAGGCAUGGCGCGUAUCAGCCAGGUGAACCAAGAGACGCAUCAGAUCAUCGACGAAUUUGGACGCACACGGUUCUUCCACGGAACUAAUGCCGUGAUGAAGGAGCCGCCAUGGCAUCUGCCCUUGGAGUGGGUGCCUGGAGUCACGUCAUUUGGCGAGCAAGAUGUCCAAACUAUGCACGACUUGGGUCUAAAUGUCGUGCGGUUAGGCCACAGCUGGGCUGGUGCAGAGCCUGUGCGUGGGCAGUAUAACGAAACGUUUUUGGCUAUCAUGAAGAAGCAGACCAAGAUGGCCGAGGACCAUGGUCUCUACGUUUUGGUGGAUGUGCACCAGGACUGUCUGUCGCGGCAGUUAUGUGGCAAUGGCGCCCCUGAUUGGUUUGUUGAGGAAGACUGGGUAUCAAGUGGAAAGAUGUAUCCAUUUCCCCUCAAGCCAACACCAUUCCCGGUGGAUGACCGGGGCUUCCCAUCGCCACAGUCGCUUUGCGACACCGUCGACUGGGCUUUAAGCUACACGUCGGUGGCACUGGGAAAUGCAUUUGGCCGGCUUUACAACAAUUACGACGGUUUAGGAGAUGCAUUCGCAGCAUACUGGAAAAAGCUGGCGUUUGAGUACGCCAAAACACCCAACGUGGUCGGAUAUAACCUGCUAAACGAGCCGUGGGUGGGCGACACAUGGGCUGAUCCAACACUGCUGGUGCCAGGUGUUGCUGACCACAAGGUCCUGGAAGACCUCUGGAACCGAGCGACCAGGCAGAUCCGUACUGUUGAUAAUGACACGCUAAUCUGGUUCGAAGGGGCCACCCUAGAUGUUCUGUCCGGUUUCAAUAACGUCCCCCUUGGGGAUGGCUCGAAGUCAGUACACUCGUUCCACUACUACAGUCCACCGCAGCUUGGCCCUAUUACCACCACGCUCAAGAACCGCCGCAAGGACAACGAGCGCCUUAGGACCGCCGGUGUACUGACGGAACUCACUUUCUGGAUGGGGGAUGAUAAGGAGAUGCAAGAUCUAGCAGAUGCCAUGUCGGCGACCGACGAAAAUAUGGUUUCCUGGAUUGGCUGGGCGUACGACAAUUUGUACAAUGGCACAUCAGAUCAGCCUUACCCUGAGCUGGCGAGACACUACAGCCGUGCGUACCCGGCCGCUGUCGCCGGGACUCCCAAGAGCUUCGAAUUUUCCGAGAGCUCGGGCACCUUCGAGUUGCAAUUCGUGUCUGAUCCAAAUAUCAACGCGCCCACUGAAAUCGUCUUACCCCAGUCCACGUUCCCUAAUGGCUAUAGCGUCGAGGUCUCGCCUGAUGACAGCUUGCUACAGUACGCACCAAACAAGCGUACGCUGGCCUUGUUCACAUCUACUAGCAUCAAGAGAGCAACUGACAUCACUGUCACAAUCUCUCGUCAAUAGUUCCGCCCAUCAUUCACAUCAGAUUAUCAAUACGCAAUUUACCAUUGAUAGGCCUGGACAAGUACUGCGGUACUGGUGCCACAGUACUGGUGCAGUCACAGUACUAGUAGC